GAGAGAAGCAGAGCAGGAGGAGGAACGCCCAUUGAAACCUUUUGUUUUUUUGUUUUUGUUCUUGUUUGGUACAUUUGCCUAGCAAUGUUGUUUGCCCUACUUGUGACAAAUGAAUAUGGACCAUGACCUGUUAUCAGCCAUCCAAAGAAGUGACUUGCACUGGCUUGAGGCAAAUGCAAGCCAAAUGAGUGCAGACUGGCGGAAGUUCGUCCACAGCAAGUCCGGAGAUACAGCACUUCAUGUUGCAGCUUCUGCUGGCUGCACACAAGUGUUGGGAUGGCUCCUGUCUCAAGGUUUGGGGCCCCCAUGCCUAGAGCAGCAGAAUGCUCAGGUCAUUAAAUUUUGCAGGGGUAUUGAGAGGAUUGAGCUUGAUGGGGGAAAGGAAGUCGUCAUAAGGAUCCUGUUAUCACGAGGAAACUACAGCACAGAUGAAGCUGAUGCUUGUGGCAACACACCCCUGCUUGAGGCAUUGCGUAUGGGCCACAGGAACAUCGCUGAGCUACUGAUAAUCGAACACAAUGCCAGUGUGUAUGCCAAGGACAAGACUGGACGCAUGGGGAUCCAUGUGGCAGCAGAAGCGGGACAGGGGCAAGUGGUGAAGUUCCUCUUAGCAAGCCAUGGAGUUGAUGUUAAUCUGCUCUCUGAAACAGGCUUAUCUGCAAUGCAUAGUGCUGCAAAGGAAGGCCACACAGCACUGGUAGAAAUGCUGGCAGAACAAGGCUGUAAAGUUAAUACACAGGAUGAGAAUGGAAGGACUGCUCUCUGGCUUGCUUGCAGUGCUCAGAGAACAGCCUGUAUAAAGGUUCUGCUGAAGCUUGGGGCACAAGACAUUGGUGAUAAGAAUGGUAUUCUGCCCUCCCAGCUGAUGCCAUUUUGAAAUAAAGCAAUAAUGGUUCAGAUACUUCAGAGAUACCAUGAGUCGCUUGUCUCUGCACACUGUAUUCAAUUUGAAGUAAUUUUCAGAAAAUAGAUUCCAAGCAUCACUAAUCAGUAAAUACUAGAAACUGAAAA